AUGUCGCUGGGCACCGCAGAGCCUGCCUCGGAGACGGGGGAUGACGGUCUGUCUGCAAUCACCUUUGACUCUGACUCUGAGACGAAAGCAAAAAGGAAAAGUUUCCACAAACCUCAACCCACAUCCCUGAAGUCACCUUAUCACUCUAAGCCGAGGAAGGUGGCCUCCUGGAGAUCUCUGAGGACCGCAGCGAGCAUGCCUCUCGGGGGCCGGAUGUCCUUAACCCCCCAGAAGCUGUGUCUGGGAAGCUCCAAGCAAGGCAGUCUGACCCCAGCCCUGACUUCAGACCUCACCUUGGAGCGUGCCUGGACCCACCCCCCCAGCAGCGCCCCCGACUUUGUGACCGAAGCCUUGAGAAUGAAGAGGUCAAACCUCAGGCGUUCUGCCAGCCACGGUUACGUUCCGGGGACCCUCAUCUACCGAGAGAAGGAGGACAUGUAUGACGAGAUCAUUGAGCUGAAGAAGUCGUUAAACAUGCAAAAGAGUGAUGUGGAUCUGAUGAGAACGAAGCUUCGGCGCCUCGAAGAGGAAAACAGCAGAAAGGACCGGCAGAUUGAGCAGCUUCUGGACGCGUCCCGAGGCCCGGAUUUUGUUCGGACUCUGGCAGACAAAAGGCCUGAUACUGGCUGGGUGAUCAGCGGGCUGAAGCAGAGGGUCCUCAAGCUGGAGCAGCAGUGCAAGGAGAAGCAGAGCACGAUCAACAAACUGCAGACUGACGUGAAGACCACGAGUCUGGAGGAGAUGCGGAUCGCCAUGGAGACGUACUGCGAGGAGAUUCACCGUCUCCAUGGUCUCCUCGCAAGCUCCGAGACAACAGGGAAGAGGCCUCCGGCGGAGAAGAAAAUGGGCCUUAAAAGGCAGAAGAAAAUGGGCAGUGCCCUGCUGAGCUUGUCCCGGAGCGUCCAGGAGCUCAUGGAGGAGAACCAGAGCCUGAAGGAGGACCUGGACCGCGUGCUCAGCAGCUCCCCCACCACCUCCAAGAUCACGGGCUACGCGGACUGGAGCAAGCCCCGGCUGGUCCGGCGGAUCGCAGAGCUGGAGAAAAAACUCAGUUCGAUGGAAAGCCCCAAGCCCCAGGCUUCAGAGGGAGUGAGGUCAACCUCCCUGACCCCCUCGGCAUCCAGCCCCACGUUGCACCUGCAGGAGAGCGAGCGUCUGCGUGGAGCGGUGCAGAGCCUGAAGGGCGAGCGCAACGCCCUGCACACCCAGCUGCAGGAGAGAGAUUUGGAGGUGAAGCAGCUGCUGCAAACGAAGGCUGAGCUGGAGAAGGAGCUGGAAAGCGUGAAGGAGAGAGAGAGGGAGAGAAGAGAGAGAGAGAAGGUGUUGAGAGAGGAGCUUGAAGCGCUGACCAGGAAGUUUCGGGAACUGGAAGGAAGGAAGAAGGAAGAGGAAGAUGAGGCCGUGGCGGUGGCCCCCGAGACCCGGGAAGAACCCCAGCCUCCCAGCCCCACUGCCAGCCCCUCCCAGCCGGACACUGAGCCGGACAAGAGCCAGGGGGGCUCCUCCCGGCCCCCCUCCACCUGCUCAGAGCGGAGGAGAGACGCGGCCGCCAGGGUCCUGCAGCGCAGGUGGAAGGGCUACCAGCGCCAGAAAGAAAGGGCUCUUGUGGAUGAAGCGGCUACCGUGCUGCAGGCGGCUUUCCGGGGGCAUCUAGCUCGGGCGAGGCUGUUGUCCAGCAGAGCGUGUAUCUCGGAACCCCCCAGGGUGCCGAGCCCACCCCCCCAGGACUCGCCCGAGCCCCGCGUCCCGAGCCCCGCUGUCCAGGCCGAGGGAGACUCGUGGCAGGAGGAGGCCGUCACCAUCAUCCAGUCUGCCUUCCGGGCACACCUGGCCCGAGCCAGGUACAGCGCCCCUGGUCCCGGACCCACCACUGCCACGGUUCCCGAAAGGCCAGCCCGGCCGCCCCCCAGGGCCCCCUCCUCUCCACCCCGUCCUGCGGCCGCUCCCGCGGAGCCCCCUGUCUCUGGGCUGCAGCCCACGGUGCCCACACCCGUGGAGGACGUGAACUCCGACGACUCGGACGAGAUUGUGCUAGCGCCGUCUCUGCCCAUGAGGAAGAGCGCCUCCCCGCGCUAG